AUGCCGAUGCCGGCGCCGGCGCAAGAAGCGGACGACGACUUCACCUUCCCCACGCCGCCGCCGCUUCUCGCCGCAGCCGCGUGCAGCUACGGCCACCACCGCCACAGCAACAGGGUGUCGCCGUCGCCGUCGCCCUCCUCCUCCCCGCUCCCCGCGUGGCUGCUCUCCUCGCCCAUCCGCCGCAGCUUCUCCGCCGCGGACUGCGCCGCGUCGCCGUGGCGCGCGGCGCGCGGCAGGUGCUGCUCCCCCGCCCUGAGCGACUAUGCCGCCGGGUUCUGUGACGGCGGGGACGAGGAGGAGGAGAUGAUGGACAGCCUCUGGGAGGACCUCAACGACGACGAGGCGCCGGGCGGGGAGAGGAAUGAUCUGCUCAUCGCCUCCCUCGACGUGUCGCGCCGGCGCUCAAUCGGAGGCCCGGGCCACCCCGUCGACGGGAGGAGGCCGACGGCCCCGGCGAAGGAGCGCGAGGCCGCGGCGGUGCUCGCGGCGUCGAGGAGCUCCCGACGGCGCUCCCCGGGGCUGGUGGUGAUGAUGCGCACGCUCAAGAAGAUAUUCGUCGCGCACAAGAGCAGGAGCAAAGUGCACAAGGUCGACGAGCAGAGCACCGCCUCUGCUUCUUCCCGCAAUUCCUUCAAGAAAUGA